AUGUCCGACUUGCGCCAACGCUCUCCGUCGUUCGGGAAAGCCGACUUGAAGAACGAACGCAAUGGGAUCGAUUUACCACACACCUAUGCGCUGUGUUCAAAGGAUGGUCCUAACAUCUACACUGUCGAUCCUGCCAAGCCACAAGUAGAUUGUAUUACCAUCCAAGGCUCCGAAAUAUUGAGCAUCGGCUCGUUCGAUUCGCAUGCUCACAUGCUCGAGUAUGGUGCCAGUCUUCAAAUUCCGCUUGAAAGUGCGAAAACGGAAAUAGCCGCAGUUGCCUCCGUACGCCAGUAUAUACUUUCCGACUCGGAUAUCCGAAACAACAAGGAUAAAUUUGUCGAAGGAUGGGGCUGGGACCAUACUAGGUGGCCUGGUCAGGAAUUUCCGACUGCAGCUACUCUGGAUGCGGAUCCUGUCGUUCGAGAACAUAAUAUUGUCUUACAGAGCAAGGACGGCCAUGCCAUUUGGGUCAAUUCCAAGGUUCUCGAUGCCAUCUCCCCUCUCCCCGAUUCCGUUGAAGGGGGCGUCAUCGUACGGGAUGCUGCUGGCAACCCGACAGGCUGUUUGCUCGACAAUGCACAAUAUUUGGUUCCUGUUCCUCCGCCUACCCAACGAGAUCUUGAGAAGCGUUUCAACAGUGUUGUUCAUUACGCCGUGUCACAUGGUUUAACGUCUGUCCACGACGCUGGCUUUGACCCAAAGUCUUUGGAGUUCUUCAAAAACCUCGCAGCGGCAGGAAAAUUAUCACUUCGUAUCUAUGGAAUGACUUACUUCAACGAAUCGGCCGAGUACUGGGGGGACAAGGUUAAACCUAUUAUUGGAGCCGCCAACGGUCGUUUCACCGCACGAAGCGUCAAAAUCUUCGCAGACGGCGCGCUAAGGUCCGGCGGUUCGGCACUGUUCGAACCGUACACCGAUAAUCCAGAAACAAGGGGAUUCAUGCGAAUCGAGCCAGAGGUUAUGAAUUCAUUCAUCCCGCGCUUCUUGAAAGACGGUUGGCAAGUAAAUGUCCAUGCUAUCGGAGAUAGAGCGAACGCACUUGUUUUAGAUGUAUUUGAAUCUGCCCUCAAAGGCAUGGAUGUGGCUGCCUUGAGGCCUCGAAUUGAACAUGCACAAAUGAUUCGGCAUGUCGAUAUGGCUCGGAUGGCACGACUGAAUGUGAUCGCAAGUAUCCAACCUACUCAUGCUCCGAGCGACAUGUACUUCGCCGAAGAUCGCUUGGGUCCAGAACGUGUGAAACUGUUAUACGCCUUCCGUUCCAUUGUUGACUACGGCGCAAGAAUUACUCUGGGCUCAGACGCUCCUGUCGAAACUUUGAACCCUAUGAACGGGUUCUUUGCUGCGGUCACGAGACUGGCCCCAGAUGGCACCUCUGUACACGGUCCGGACGGCUGGUUCCCUGAACAGCGUCUAUCUCGUGAAGAAGCUCUAAAAGGAAUGACGAUCGACGCUGCGUACGCGUCGUUUACAGAGUCCACUUUGGGCUCCCUCACUCCAGGCAAGCGCGCCGAUUAUGCGGUGCUGUCCAAGAACAUUAUGACUGUCCCCGCAAUGGAAAUCCUCGAUACCGAGGUGCUCGUGACUGCUCUCGACGGGCGGCCGGUGUAUGGGGGGCUCUGAUUGCGGAUGUAUGAAUGAAAUGAUUCUUUCAGCUUCAGUGCUUAUAUUCGGCCGUUGAAGAGUGGUUUCCACCGCUGUCGGAGGCCCUGUUUAUCGUUCGAAGAAGCAACUGUGUUUUCGUUGUCUUAUGAAGAUCUUCUGUGGUCUAUAUACCCUGUCUUUUUAGUUUCCUCCGUCCGGUCUCUGGGUCGCACAAAUCUUUAUCGC